CUUUUUUCGCCCCCUUUGAAAAGUUGAUGAACUAACUAGUAAAUAGCAGACCGAUCUUGGAGACCUUAUAUACCUGUCUGUAUUCUUUCUACCUCCUUUAAUUCGUUUCUGUUCCUGUUCUAUUAAGCAUAUAUCGCCGAUGGCUUCUUCUCCAUCUAAAAGCUCAACAAGUAGUUGUUUGACAGUAGAGGAUAUGGAUGGCACAGAGCUUAGGAGAGGGCCAUGGACCCCUGAAGAAGACACUCUUCUCAUUCAUUACAUUGCUUGCCAUGGUGAAGGCAGAUGGAAUCUUCUUGCUAAGAGUUCUGGUUUGAGGAGAACAGGGAAGAGCUGCAGAUUGAGAUGGUUGAAUUAUUUGAAGCCUGAUGUUAAGCGCGGAAACCUCUCCCCUCAAGAACAGCUCUUGAUUCUCGAACUCCAUUCCAAGUGGGGCAAUAGGUGGUCAAAAAUUGCACAGUUUCUGCCAGGAAGAACAGACAAUGAGAUCAAGAACUACUGGAGAACCAGGGUGCAGAAACAGGCCAGGCAUCUGAAGAUAGACUCUAACAGCGCCGCGUUUCAGCAGCUGAUUCGGGGUUUCUGGAUGCCCAGGCUCAUCCAAAAAAUACAAGCUUCAUCCAUUCAACACUCUGAUGAGAUUCUCAACACACAAUCGAUAUCCCAGCAGGUCCCCGCCCCCGCGCCACACGAUUGCCAUCAAACCACAAUAAAUUCAGGCCUGGAGAACAACAGCUGCACCACCCCAAACCUUAAGCUUUCUGAAUGCCCCAAAACUGCAUUAUCCAAUGACCCCAAGUUUGAGCCUUGUCCAAAUGGUCAUCACCAGUAUUAUGCCAAUCAUGUCAUGGAUGGUUUUAGCCCUUCACCGUUCCCAGAAACAGGAGAGUUCAAAGAUGUGAUUGAUUAUGAUCUGCUUGGAACUGGAGGAGGAGGAAACAGUUUGAUAAUGGAUGAAUUUUUGGAUGAUAGCUUAUGGAGUAUGGAUAAAUUCUGAAGAGUUAGAUCUUUAAUUUAAUUAGUCAGCUUUCAAGAAAAAAGUGCCUGAGCUACUUGUGCUUGCUUGUUCAUGUAACCCCAACUAGAUACACAUUUUUUUUUCAAUUUCUUCCCAUCCCUUGUUAUUACACACAGAUAGAUCAGACAAACAGAGUGCUUCAUUCCCUCGUGCCUACACGGGCAUAAUUCACUAGUUCAGUAGACAGUAUUUAGGAGAAGAUGCCAAUGUUCGAAACUCGACAGCAAUAGUGUGGGAUUAUGCUCAAAUUCGGCAUAUCACUUGUACGCACCAGCAUUUGGCCCUGCCUACUGAGUCAUUGAAUUACCGUGAUUUACAUCCACCCGCAUACUCUAUUCCGUAAGGGUGUGAGGGGACCUUUUGGAGGAAAAAAAUAGUGCUUUCUUAGCUUUAUUUCUAGGAAUUAGAAAAUUAAAGCAGGUCAUGUUUUUUUGUGAUCACAAGGUUACUGUUCUUUGUCCAAUGAAAACAUAGAAUGAGGAAUUGUUGAUAGUGGGUUGAUAAUCUUAGACCUUUUUAGUCAAUAGGUGCAUGUAUGUGAUCUUAAUGAGAACCAUAUUUACUUA